UGGCAACUUCCAGAGACUCUUGAUCAUCCUGUUUGACUGUACCAUCCUUGAUGGAGUCGUUGAGAAAGUCCAAAAUGGAGAGAACGAGCCGCUGUUUGUUAGACAUUGAAUGUUCGUGAGGGGAGAUUCCAAGUAGGUACGUACGGGCGUCAAUAGCGUCAAACGGCUUUCGAACUUUCAAAGUCGUUCUGUCUCAGCCUCCAAGUACUCGGAUAACCCUUUGCCUGCUGGUUCAUCUCGCUCGACAUGUUUUUCUGUUCAAUCUCUGGCGAGCCCCCGCAGGACCCGGUUGUGUCGUCAAAAUCCGGGCAGGUCUAUGAACGCAGACUCAUUCUCAAGUACAUCAACGAGAGUGGCAAGGACCCAAUAACUGGAGAAACGUUGGAGGAGGGCGAUUUGAUCACUAUCAAAGCCAGCCCCCAGGCUCCAGCACCCCGCCCACCAUCUGCCACCUCGAUCCCCGCUCUUCUCCAAAGUCUUCAAAAUGAGUGGGACGCUGCUAUGCUAGAGACUUUUACUCUAAAGCAACAGUAUAAUGCUCUUCGACAGGAGCUGAGCGUAGCUUUGUAUGCUCAAGACGCGGCAACACGCGUUGUCGCACGUCUUAUGAGGGAACGCGACGCGGCUAGAGAGUACGUUUUCUUCGUUUGCUAUCAGCCGAAAGACAUUAUUUAUGUAUAUAUAUUCACAUUUACUAGGGCCUUGGCUAGUGUUUCUGCGACAAUGGGUGUUGCGGCCCCUCCGACCAACGGCGACGUUGAGAUGGUUGAGCCUCAGGAAGCAGGCGGUCUGCCAGAGCACAUAGCGAAGCAAAUUGAUGAGACGCAUGCAGCUCUCUCCGCAGCUCGUAAAAAGCGCAAAGUACUAGCAGGAUACGUUUCACCUGCUGCAGUCAAGACUUUUACCGCGAAACACACUAUCCCGUCGCUCCACUCUUCUUCACCUGCUGGUAUCACGUCCCUUGCGCUUUCACAAUCCAACCCGUCGCAAUUCCUCACUGGAGGAAACGAUAAGAUUGUUCAGAUCUAUGACCGAAGCACAGAUAAGGUCCUCGCUUCUCUCAAAGGUCACACCAAAAAGAUCAACCACGUCGCGUUCCGAGAGCGCGAGGGUGAAUCUACACUUGUUCUCUCGGGUGGUGCGGACAAAAUUGCGAAGAUUUGGUCACACGACUCCGCGUCGGGCGAGUAUAUCCCCAAGUCGACCAUCCGAGUCCACAAAGGCGAGAUUACCGGGCUUGCCGUCCACCCAUCGUCAACCAUUCUUGCGCUGUCGUCUACAGACAAGACGUACUCAUUGCACGAUUUGAACACCUUCGAGGCAGUGUUCCGCUCUGCAGAAUCUGACGAGCCAUUCACGAGUCUUUCUAUUCACCCAGACGGAACUCUCCUUGGUCUGGGUACUCCCGCCUCGACCAUCCAGAUCUACGACAUUCGUAGUGGCGCCAUCGUUGCGUCUCUCACGCCGCCAGAUAGCCCACCAUUCACCGUUAACACUCUCAGCUUCUCUGAGAACGGCUACCACCUCCUCGCGCCAGAUUCCUUGUCGUCAGUCGGCGUCUGGGACUUGCGUAAGCCGAAGAUUACCACCUCCAUCAAGCUGGGUGAUGGAUUCAAGGUCAACAAGGUUUCGUACGACUCUAGCGCGCAGCUGCUUGGUGUCGCUGGAACCGAGGGUCUACGCGUGUUUGCGCACAAGACGUGGGAGGAGCUUGUCCGAUUUGAAGAGGGUGGUGAGACGUCGACUUUAGCCUUUGGACAGGAUGGUAAAGAGAUCUGGGGAGUGAGCGGACGUGACGUCAGAAUUUGGGGUCUUCCUGCCUAGAACUCCCUCGCCGUUUACUUAUUUGCUUGUCUAAAUUGCUUCUUGUGUUUGUAUGCUUGCGCCAUUGUUCUGUAAUGCGAGACAGCUUGGCUCUAGACUGUAACUAGGUUGACGUUUAUCUAGUGCAAGCUUCGAUCGAUCAUGGCGCAAACUGAUCACUGGUACCCAACCUGAACCAGAGGGCCAGAGGCUACUUGAAAUCGAAAUGAUGGCUGCGGUAUCUAUGAAUGUCAUGCAUUUUCUGUGUACUAUUACAAUGCGUGAGAGGAAAGAAAGAGGUACUGGC